CAAGAACCACAAUCUUUACAAUGUCUGAAUCUCGGCAAGAGUUGCUGGCUUGGAUCAACCAAGUCACAAAACUUGGUCUUUCAAGGAUUGAGGAUUGUGGAAAAGGUUACGCCAUGCUUGUAAUUAUGGAUUCUAUUUAUCAAGAUGUUCCCCUAAAAAAAGUGAACUUUGAAUGCAACAAUGAUUAUCAGUACAUAAACAAUUGGAAAGUUCUUCAGCAAGUAUUUUUAAGGAAAGGAAUCGAUAAAGUGGUUGACCCAGAACGUCUUUCACGUUGUAAAAUGCAGGAUAAUUUAGAGUUUGUUCAAUGGGCAAAGCGUUUUUGGGACCAAUAUUACCCAGGCGGUGACUAUGAUGCUUUGGCGCGUCGUGGUGGACGCGGCCUGGUACAACAUGGAGCAUCUCCCAAUGCUCCUAGAAGAAGGCAAGUGUCAUCUGGAAGUACCGGACAGCCCGCUCCACGAUCUAGUUUGAAUACAACAGGCGCUGCUACAAACAAUACUGCCGCUGUACUUCGUGCCAAGCAAGCUCAACAACAGAUUGCCAAUUUAGAAGGCCAAUUAUUAGAAGCAAAUGAAACAAUGUUUGCAUUGGAACGCGAGAGAGACUUUUAUUUCAAUAAAUUACGCGAAAUCGAAAUUUUAGUUCAAACACAUUUGAGUGCAGAACCAAUGUCCCAUGAAAGUAUGUUAGAGAGAAUACAAACAAUCCUUUAUUCUACUGAAGAUGGCUUUGAGCUUCCUCCAGAAACAGAAAGAUCGACGGAUGUGUAUCCACUUGUGGAUCAUAACAUGAGUAAUGUCGUUGAUGAACCUCACAUGGAAGAAGCCAAGCCCGUAGAUAUGUCCUCUAAUCCCGGUGCUCCUGACUUUGUGCGCGCUCGUUUACAAAGUUUAGAAGUUGACGAUGAUGACGAAAAUCUUACUUUUUAAAGUAAUCAUAUUUCGCUCAUUCUUUUUAUUUCCUUAUUCUGUUUCGAUGCAUUCUCUUACACAUUGUCCUUGUCUUUCUUUUCAUUUUGUGCAAAAAUCACUUACCUUUUACUAGCGGCGAUCUGGGUAUGACCAUUGUUAAAAUAUGUGAUGUUUUCUAAUUUAUCAUCGUCUUUUAUUGGCGUUAUUUCUUCAUGUUUGCAAAAUCUUAAUAAAACUUAUGGUUGUCAUUUAUAAGAAAUUUCGUUGUGCCAGAUAACCCAUACUCCAAACUUCCUUGUCAAAAUUUAUUAUAUAUAUAUAUAUUUCAAAGACUGAAUUUGAAAAAGUAUUCAUACUACCUUUGAAAUGAUUCUCUUAUCGAGAUUUCCCGGUUUGCUCAUUGAAGCUAUCCUAUUUGCAAAUACUAUUUUAGUAGUUGUCAUGGCAG